UUACACCAGUGAUGAAACUGCAGUCUUGUGACAAACCUGAGGGCAUCAACAUUUCGUUACGUCAAAAAAGAAUAAAAGUUGUAAAUAUUGUGAAACUUUUUUUACGUAAGAGUUAUUGUCAUUAAAUUUUAGUUCCUGUUUAAAUGACUUUCAAGUCUCUGUUUAAUUGGGGAGGAUCAGGGGGACACUUCAAGGGUCCUUACGUUCCACUUGAACGAUGGCAAAGUGGAUGGGAACAUCCGCCUCACAGCCAUGGUCACAGUCAUGGGCAUCAUGGAGGAGGUGGUAAAGGUGGAAGUGGAGCUGCUUUGAGUGCUCUAGCUCUCUUAGCCUUUUUAUUUUUUAUUAACUGUAUGCAGCAAUCAUUAAAUGACAAUACUACAGCAACAGUAUCAACAACAACUACAGCACUACUAGUUCGUGACGAUGAUGAUUUUAUAUCAAGCGGAGUGGAAAGAAAUCCAGCAAAAUUAGUAAAAACAAAGCAGCUGCCUCUCACCCCCAGAAACAAAAGGUCUAAGUUCGAAAAGGGCGACAUGGGAAGCCACCCAGAUCAAUACUCUUAGUCCUUUUAUUGUAAACUGCUGAUGUAGUGUCUAUCAAAGAGAAUAAACAAAAAACAAUAACUUACAUUCAAUACAUACUAACAUUAAC